AUGCUACUUCAACUUCCCACAGAGCUGAUACAGCUAGUUCUUCGGAACUGUGACACAUCGGCCUACUUCCAGGCAGCCUUUUCAAGCCGCAGGCUUCAUGAGAUCGCUUCCAGCAGCCGAGAAGUCAUCAUUCACCAGCUACAUAAUACUCCUGGUUGGAACGACGGCAUUGAUGCUCAUCAGACUAAGCAUCUGUUUGACGAGUUAAUGAGGCGGUCUUAUGAACAAUUAGAUGGCGCAGAACAUUACGCCAACCCCACCUAUGAGUAUCAAACUCGAGUGAUUGACUACCAUGCAUCGACGAUUGAGGCAUUCGAAGAUGGGAUUCGAGCACUGCUUGUCUUCAAGGGCCACAGUACUGUCCAUUUGGUUGACAUGGGUGAUGGGGAUCGAACUGAAGUCCAAUUGAAAUCCCCAGGACAGGAUAUCGGGAAGGUCGAGAUCAUCCAAACUGCCUUUGAUGGAAACCACGGAGUCUACGUACUGCACCGAUUCAAACCGUUCCUAGAUCAAAAGCUGGAUACAGACCAUCCAUUUGUUAAACACGCCCUAGAGUCUCGCCUCAACGGGAGUAUUCACCUGGCCUACCAUCACUUGAAUCCCCGGGCAAACACCAUUCGAAUGUAUGACUUUCCCGAAUACGGAGACUAUAGGCCACUGGCUUUGUCCGUUGCCAACGGCAAAUUUGCAAUAUCAUGGCAAAACAUGCUCGACCCCUUUGAUCACGACGUCGUUCUUUAUACCCAGCUCUACGAUGACGAAGACGAAGACGAAGACGAAGAUGAUUCGAGCGAAGGUGUUGCGGAAGAAGGCAAGGGAGACAAUCCCUAUGCCACUUUUGAGGCUUACAUUUUGACAAGCUCCAACGAUCAAGACCUAGAUGUCCAUUCUUCUCGGAGAAUAGGCCCCGCGACGAAGUUAGCAUUUAAUGAUCGAGGCUUUCAGUUGCUCUACCACUACCGAGCUCAAAACAUCUACGGUUCCUUUCAGAGACUUGAUCGCCUCCCUCGCCCUCCAGGUGAGCCCAAGCCGCAUGUUCAUAAGAAUGCAUGCACCGUGCAGUUUUCGCCUUUCCUGUCGCUUCAAUUCUCAAUUGGAAUACCAUUCUUCGGUACCCAUAAGCUCGGCAAUAUAAACCAAGGAGAACAGUGUCAUUGGCAGUACCUCGCGUUCGGCAUUGCCACCCAUCGCGUUGAAAAAUGGACUGUGGCAUGCCUCCUGAAGUCUGAGUCAUAUACUGGUCCGCGGUGUACCCAUGUUUUGAAUCUUGACCGCGGAAGGCGUUUCGACAGCUGGCAGAUCAUGGCGCAGCUUGGUGGAUUCCGGGAAGUAACCACUUCACAUGGAUCCCCGGUGGCAACUUCACGUCGCGGAACUCGUGUUGCUGUCGCUAACUGGAAAACCCUCUACGUCUGGGCACUGAAUCCGUCGGAAUUGAUCGAAGACAAUGACACCGGCUUUUAUCCACCGUCAUGGGAAUCCUCUACAGGUGCCGUCGAGUUGCGACCAGUCAUCCUCCAGUUAGAGGCGGUUUGCUCUCAGUUGCAUUUCACCGAAAAGGAAGACGAGCUAGUUGCGAUUACUGAUCGCGGAGUAAUGUUCCUGAAUAUCGGUUAUAGUGGACAAUGCAAACAGCCCGUCAAGAGCCGGGGGCGUGACAAUAUUAUGUAA